AUUCGCUCUCUGGGCCGAAAAAACCGCGACCCGUUUUCUGAACUACCGAGGAAAGAGAGCUAGCUAUUAGACUCAUUAAAUUCCCUGUACCCGCGAAACGCGUUUCAAUCUUCCCCCCAGCAUCCGCAGCAAACUCUCUGCUCCUUUAGAAAGAAUCCAAAGUCUUUUGUUGGCUCGGAGGGCCCUUCAUGAAAUUACGCUGUUACGCUGCUUUUUUCGAAUCCAUUCAGAAAAGUUUUUGACCGUUUUUUUCGCACUGCUUUCAUUAUUCACGUCGAGCAUUGCUUGAACACAGUACUUUCUAGAGCGUCCGAUUUUUCAAAAUGAGCAUAAUUGGUAUUACGGCCAGGCAGAUAUUUGACAGUCGCGGAACCCCGACAGUUGAAGUUGACGUAACCACGAAAUUGGGUGUUUUUCGUGCAUCAGUGCCGAGCGGGAUUUCGACAGGAAUAUACGAGGCACAUGAAUUGCGCGAUGGGGAGGAGGCCUAUUUGGGAAAAGGCGUUCAGAAGGCAGUGAGAAAUGUCAACCAUGUCCUUGGGCUGAAGCUGAUGGGGAUGCAACCCGUUAGGCAACACGACAUCGACGAGACGAUGAUAAAGCUGGACGGAACGGAGAAUAAGAAGAAGUACGGGGCGAACGCGAUUUUAGGAAUAUCUUUGGCGCUGUCUAAAGCCGGAGCCAGAGAACUGAACUUGCCGCUGUAUACCUAUUAUGCUGAGUUGGCAGGGAAUAUGAAUACACAGACAUUUGAGCUUCCGGUGCCGGCGUUCAACGUGAUUAACGGGGGGGCGCAUGCAGACAAUUCCCUGGCGUUCCAGGAAUUCAUGAUCAUGCCGAUAGGCGCCAGCAGCUUUUCUGAGGCCAUGCGUAUGGGUACAGAGACGUAUCAGCAUUUGAAGGUGAUCAUAAAGAAGAAAUAUGGAGGCGGUGCGACGAAUGUGGGAGAUGAGGGUGGAUUUGCCCCAAACCUUAAGAGCGCUGAAGAGGGCUUGGAUUUAUUGGUGAGCGCAAUCGAGAAGGCGGGAUAUACGGGAAAGGUGAAGAUAGCAAUUGACGCGGCAGCUUCUGAAUUUUAUGAAAAUGGGAAAUACAAUUUAGACUGGAAGAUUCCGGGUUCAUCGGGCAAGCUGUUGUCCUCGUCUGAGCUUGCAUCGGUUUAUGAGGAAUACGUGAACAAAUAUCCAAUUGUGUCGAUUGAGGAUCCGUUCUCUCAGGACGAUUGGGAAGCAUACGAAGGGUUUUGUUCGAAACUCGGGAAGAAGAUUCAAAUUGUGGGUGAUGAUUUGUUGGUGACGAACACGAAUCGAAUAUCGGAGGCCGUUCGGAGGAAGGCGUGCAAUGCGUUGCUGUUGAAGGUGAAUCAGAUCGGAACGAUUAGCGAGGCAAUCGCGGCGGCCAAGAUGGCGGCGGAAAACCACUGGACAGUGAUGAUGUCUCACCGAUCUGGGGAGACUGAAGAUACAACGAUUGCCGACCUUGCAGUCGGAAUCGGGACAAACCAAAUCAAAGCGGGGUCACUUGCUCGAUCGGAGCGCCUCGCCAAGUAUAAUCAGCUCCUGAGAAUCGAAGAAGAAUUAGGUCAAAAUGCUAAAUACGCUGGACCAUCUUUCCCCUAUCAAUAAUAUGAGACGCGCUAGAGAGGCAUGUCUGAAGAUCAAUAAAGAUUUUUUUUAAAAGGUAUGAGCGCCAA